AGAAAAGUUGUACUAGUUUUUAGCGCGCAAGGCCAGCCUCGAGCAUCAGCGUCAGCGGCACGGCACGGCACAGAAUAACAAGAAGCCGAUAAUAGGAUACUUCCAAUGGCGGAUUUCACAACAUGCACCUUUGUGUUCUUCUUCGCUUUGCUGUCUUUUCACAUUGUUAUUUCUGCAAUUAUUUUGGGCUAUCGAUUUCUCCUCUGUUCUCAUUACGUUCAGCAUGGUGACUCCCAAACCAAAUCCUCCACGUCUUCAGGAGCCUUAUGUUAGUAACAAAGAUAAUCCAUAUUUUGAUUCUCCAUUAGAGGGCCACGGUUUUACUUCUAACGCCAGUUCCCAAGAAAGGAUUAUCAGCCAGAAUACUUUUCAGUCUACAUCUGAUUAUGGUGACGUCAAUAUUAGAAAUAGAAAAUCAGUUUCAAAAAUUAUCAACAAAGAUACAGAGCCCCAAAUCGACGAUUCAGGCUUGGAUAUUAUUUUUGAACCAUUUGAGAGAUCGUCAUCUGGAAGGUGGUUAAAAGGUGGCAAGACAUUACCAUUUGCUUUCCCAACUAUUUUGUCGAAUUUGAACCCUGAUGUGGGAGACUUUAAUAAUAGAACAAGCAAACGUGAGCCUGAGACCUUUCAAGAAUAUCACACCACAGACAAGCCGGCAAGGCCCUGGACUGAAAAGUCAUUUAGUGUGAAGAAAAGGAAAGAUGACUUCUCUGGCGUUUCACUACCUCAGUCAGCAGCUUCAUUUUACAAUGGGUGGUCACCUAUGAUGGAAGUUGCUGAAUCGUGUGAAAGCUUUGAAAGGCUAAAUGCUUAUCUGAAAUCCAAAAGGGAUGAUGUCAAUGCAGGAGUCCCUGGAAGAUUUCUGCAUGUUGUCAUAGGAAAAGAUGUUUCAGAUGUUGGGUCAGUUGCUUCUACCAUCACGUAUGCCUUCUACUUGAAUGAGACACAUAAAUAUGAUGAGUAUUGCACUGUACCUGUUAUCAACAUGAAGAGAGCGGAUCUAAACUCUCAUCCCGAACUUAAAUGGCUCCUUGAUUCUUGUCAGAUUGAUUGGUCAUCUUUGAUUUUUGUGGAUGAGAUCGACCUAUCAUAUUAUGAAUUAUUUGGAAGUCUUAAGAUAGUUCUACUAAACAGAUCCAAGCUUCCUGCUAAACAAGAGCAGGCAUUAAAAGAGGCAGUUGUUGAAAUCUUUAACUGCAGUAAGGAUGAAUCCAUAUACCCUUGGGUUGAGAACAUUACAAUCCAACAGGACUGUUCAUGCUGUACUCUAAUUGCUGAGAAGUUUUCUCUAGUUUCACCUGAGAUUUUGGCUGGGAAGCGAUUCAGUAGACUUUUGCUUGCUGGCAUUCUAUUAGAUUCUGGAAACCUAAAUAGCCCCCAUUGUACCUCCAAAGAUAAGUACAUGACUACGUUGUUGAUCAAUGGUGCUGGUCGUUUCGGGUACAAUGGUUUUUAUCAGAUAUUGAAAUACAAGAUGUACAAUGCGUCCAGCCAUGGAGUAAUUGAUAUAGUGCUCAAGGAUUUCAAGAAGUGGACAAGAGGAACGUUGGACAAUUCUGGAAUGAGAUUGACGAGGCUAGAUCUUGGGAUGAGUUCCAUUGGAAUAUCAAUUGCUCAAUUUCUUUCACAGGAAGUUAACUCAAAUAAAGACAUACAAAGUUUUUUGAGCGUGGAGAAACUUCAGCUGCUUGUGAUUGUUUCUGGAUACUACGAUGCACGGAAAAACUUCAAGAGGGAGAUCCUCGCUGUUGCUGAUUCUUUGGAGCUUAUGCAGAAGCUGCUUGUCUUUUUAAAUACGGAUACCUCCCAGUCACAACUACCCCUGAAAGUUCUUCAUCAAACAGGUCUGACGGAUGAAAUUAGAGCAUUUGAAAUUAAUAAGAUUGCAUCAAGGAGGACCAUAGAACGCCUAUUAGAGGAGUUUUGCCGGAUAUGCUAAUCUAAGUGACUCAGAUGCACGAAACUACUUGUUUAUCAACUUCUUUUAAUUUCAUUGUGCCUUGUGCUUAAAUUUUACAGUAGAUUUUGAUUGCUGAUGUUGGUGGAAUUAGCAUAAUCAAUAAUGGAUUAUUUAGAUUGUAA